GCUGGAGUUUGCCAGAGACUGAAGGAAAGACAGGAAGUGGAGUUUGCGGCGUCUCUGAUGAAAGGAAGGACAUGAAAAGAACAUGAAAGGAGGAAAUCAGCGUUAAACUACAGCAGCACUUCCUGGCUCUCCUCCUCUUCCUCUAUUUCAUCCGAAACCCCCGAGGGAGCUCUCUGGCUGAAGUCAAGAAGAAGAAGAAGAAGAGGUCCCAGCAGGCUCUGUUGUCCCUUCUGUACCCCCCCCCCCCCCCCCCCACUUUGAAAACUGCCAUGACCCUUCUGGCGUCCGAGAGGUCGCUCCUCAUCCGGAACAAGUUCCGCUCAGUGCUGCAGUUGAGGAUUCAGAAUCGAAGGCAAAGUGAGAUCAGUGCAGACGCCGGUUCAAAAUCAAUGACUUCCUCUUCAAAAGAACACAAAGACAAGAAUGAAGCUGUGCAUUUCCCAGACGAUGGCACCUUUCAGAAGACGCCCCCUGGUGGCGCCGACACCAAACGUGCACAAGAGAAGAGCGACGGGGGGGUCUCCAGGCAGAGGAAGUCUCGUCGGGUUCAGGACCUCAGAGAGGGGAUCCAAGAUCCUCCUGGACCUGAUGGGCCCAAAGACAAACACCCCACGGUGAACCGCCCCGCCCCGUUCCCUCCGUCUGCACACGCCUUCCAAGAUGACGUCACCCGCCGCUCCUCCUCGCCGGGCGCAGCUGCCGUCUCAACCGCACAUGACCAAUCACAAAGCCACUUGUUAUCUGCGGCCACGCCCCUAAACACUCAGGUCGGCAUUGCGUUGCUAGCGGCGACCGAGGGCACGGGUGCUCCAACGAGUGUCCCGCCGAGCCACAGCGUCACGGCCAUCUCCAGUAGACCAAACGGGAGCUUCCUGAUCUCUCAAAGCACGCCCCUGCUGCCGAAGGCGGCUCGGCCCCCCAGCCCCUCCCCUUCCCUGACGGCCGCCUUCAACCUCAACCACCUCGCUCGCUCACGCAAGCCACGAGACGCCAAACCCAAGAUGAAGAAACUCAAGUAUCACCAGUACAUUCCUCCAGACCAGAGGGGGGCGUCUGGGCUCGGAGGGGGAGGAGCCAAACAGAAGAGCCCGCCUACCCAGCCUUUAGACCCCGCCUAUUCCCAUCUGGUCAAACAGCAGCAGGUCUUUCUGCAGUUGCAAAUUCUGCAGAGCCAACAACACCAGCAGCACCAACUCACCGUUGUGCCCCGGGAACCAAAUUCGUCUGGCGCCCUCCCGUUGAACCCCCACCCCGUUCCUGCCGCCACCACCCACGCCCCAAGGGACGGCGACCCCGCGUCCAAACACGAGCUCCUCCCUGCUAAUCUUGUGGAUCUCACAGUGUCAGAGUUGAGGCAGCAGCUGCGGAAGCGAGGACUCCCCGUUUCCGGCACCAAGCCCGCCCUGCUGCAGCGCCUCCGCCCCUUUCAGCUUCCCCCUGCCUGCGUCGCCCCGGCUCCUCUCUGCCAGCUGGGGGCCAGCAUGGACCCCUGCAGCUCCGCCGGCGGGGACUCACCAGGCGGAAGCCCGAGUCAGCACACAUACAUCCAGGAUCCGGGAGUCCACAACGGGGGUCUGAACGUGGUCCCAAACGGUCUUUCCGGCGGUCUCUCCAUCGCUCUUUCCGGCGAAGCUUGCAGUUCUAUCAAUGCCGUCUUCCUGGCUCCUGCCUGUACCGCCUCCGGAACUCCGAGUCCCAGUCUUCCCAUGUCAUCAUCCUCGCCCUUGCCGUGUGGUACCCCAUGGGGGGACGGAUAUGCCGAGGAGUCUUGCGAAGGAUCCCUUCAUCCGUUCCUGCAACAGGACCCGGGAUUCUCCAGAGGGAAGCCGGAACCAGACGCUCGAGCGAAGGUGUUGCUGACGGAGAUCUUCUGGUCCAAGCCUUGCGAUACGAUCGGGCGGGACUUUGAGUUGCCGGUGCAGAUCACGGCAAGCCCUGACCAAAACUCGCCCGGCAUUCGCACUUUGGAGGAGGAGCUUCUGGAGGCCAUCCAGAAAGCACAGAUGAACCCUCGGCAGUCCAUAGACGACAUUUUGGAUGAGUCGGUCGCUUCUGUUGACUCGGCUCAUCAGACCCCCGCCCCGUCGCCCCCUCAAGUGGAUCACACCCUAAAGUCCCAGGAACACUCCAAGGACGGCAACUUCCUGCCUUCUCCUCUCUGCUCCUCCCUCCUCCUGGAGCUGCCCCCGUCUCCCGCCGUCGUCCCGCCGGGUCUGGUGACCCCGGCUCUGUCGCCUCCUUCCCUUUGUACCUCCCCUCCUUUAGCGUCGGCGGCCGGGAAGUCGCGCAAACGACGGGCCCAGGCCAUGUUUGAGGCCGCCGACAUACUGGAGACGCUCACGUGCGGCUUCCGCCCGCUCACGCCGCCCGCGGCUCCUUUCGGGGAGCCGGGCUUGGGUCUGGAUUCGGAUCUGAACAUCAAUCGAGUGUUGGAUCUGAUGAUAGAGCAGUGGUGAUCCGCUAUCCGUCGCUGCCGUGCCCCCGUUGUCCCCGGCCACGGUUUCAUUCGCUGUAGCCAUCAACACACGGUCGCUUCUGUUGGUGAGUCGUUUGUGAAAGAAAUGACACAAAGCUUGAGAUGUUCAGCGUUAAGAACCCGCAUGACCGCUUCUAGACUCGGCUCAUCAGACCCCCGCCCCCGUCGCCCCCUCAAGUGGAUCACACCCUAAAGUCCCAGGAACACUCCAAGGACGGCAACUUCCUGCCUUCUCCUCUCUGCCCCCGUCUCCCGCCGUCGUCCCGCCGGGUCUGGUGACCCCGGCUCUGUCGCCUCCUUCCCUUUGUACCUCCCCUCCUUUAGCGUCGGCGGCCGGGAAGUCGCGCAAACGACGGGCCCAGGCCAUGUUUGAGGCCGCCGACAUACUGGAGACGCUCACGUCCGGCUUCCGCCCGCUCACGCCGCCUGCGGCUCCUUUCGGGGAGUCUGGAUUCGGAUCUGAACAUCAAUCGAGUGUUGGAUCUGAUGAUAGAGCAGUGGUGAUCCGCUAUCCGUCGCUGCCGUGCCCCCGUUGUCCCCGGCCACGGUUUCAUUCGCUGUAGCCAUCCCAGUAAACACACGCUCUCCCAGUAAAAACACUCUCCCAGUAAAAACACUCUCCCAGUAAACACACUCUCCCAGUAAAGACAUGUUGUUAGUGGAUCCAGAGUACAUAGCGGUGUGUUUUGCGGUGCCCACAGACAAAACCAGUUCCUCCUGGCUCCUCUUGUUUUUUUUUUCCAUUAUCUCAAAAACCUGUUGUCCGUCUGGGCUGGCUGCCCCCCACCCCCACCCCCCACCCCCCUCCGCCCCUUCCAAAAAGCCUCUUUGAGGAGGAGGAGGAGGGGGGGGGGCACAUACAGCUUGACUGUGGUCCAGAACAUCACCUCCAUGCCGGAUGCACAGUCAGCAUGCAGGGAAAGCUGGCACUAGCUAGCUAACGCGCAGUCAAGACACUCAUUCAUGUGCGUGUGCGCGUGUGCGUGCGCACUUGUUGGCUUACCCGCCAACUUCCCACUUCCUGUUUGUUCCGCUUCAAUGUUUGACAUCAUGAAAAACAUUAUUAGACAACGACAACACAACUCAACACUAAUAAGUACAGCAGCAACAAGUGCAAUCAAGCCUUUGUAAUAACUUGCAAUGAGUCUCCUCAUUGGAGGCUUUUCCAGCAUGAAGCCUUUUCAAGGUCACGUCGCAGCAUCUCAAUAGGAUUCAGAUUCAGAUUCAGGACUUGGACUAAGCCACUCCAAAGUCAAAGUGUGCUUUCGGGUGUAAUUGUGGGGUCUUUUGUGACCUCUCGGAUGAGUCCUGGCUGUGCUUACUGAUGUGAUUUUGGUUGGCCGGACACUCCCGGGAAGGUUCAGCACUGUGUUAUGUGUUUUGGCUGUUUGUGGAUAUUGGCUCUCACUGUGUUUGGCUGGAGUCCUAAAGCUGUAGAAUUGGCUUUAGAACCUUUUCCACUCUGAAGAUCUCUAUUCUCUAACUCUAUAAGUUUUAACGUAUCAGGGCCAUGUAGCUUUGGAUGAUUUUCCUCACUUAAUAAUAAUAAUAAAAUAAUAAAUUAAUAUUACUAUUAUAAUCAUAAAUAAUA